AAAAUGGCGGCGCCCAUGCGCUUGGAGGCGUAACGUCGGUUAAAUCACAAAAACGCUUCUUAUUGGACAUGUAGUGCACUGUGUAGAGUGUGGAAACCGUUAUUCCAUUCCCUGUGUAGUGCACAUGUAGGGAUUAGGGGUAUAUUUCGGCUACAGCCGGGUUUUAGGAGUCAGUUGAGGCGAAGACGCUGCUGAGUCGCUCUUUGGACGAGUUUUCCACGAUGGAUAAAGACGAUCGCAUCCACCCAAAAGACUUCCCCGAGCUGAAAAAUGACACGUUUUUGCGAGCAGCCCGAGGUGAAGAGGUCGGACACGUUCCGGUGUGGUGCAUGCGGCAAGCGGGACGUUACCUGCCAGAGUUCAGAGAAUUCAGAGCAGGGAGAGACUUUUUUGAGACGUGCCGCUCUCCAGAAGACUGCUGUGAGCUCACGCUGCAGCCGCUGAGACGAUUCCCGUUCGACGCUGCGAUCAUCUUCUCAGACAUCCUGGUGGUGCCGCAGGCUCUGGGUAUGGAUGUGCAGAUGGUAGCAGGAAAAGGUCCAACAUUCCCAGAACCUCUGAAGGAUCCGGAUGAUCUGAAGAGACUUCGGUCCAAAGUGGAUGUAGAGCCCGAGCUGGGUUAUGUGUUCAGGGCCAUCACGCUGACGAGGCACAAACUGGAAGGCAAAGUUCCUCUCAUCGGCUUCAGCGGAGCUCCGUGGACUCUGAUGUCCUACAUGAUCGAAGGCGGCGGCUCCACCACGCACUCGAAAGCAAAGCGCUGGUUAUACAGACACCCCGAGGCCAGUCACUCCCUCCUCAAACGCCUCACUGACGUCAUUGUGGAGUACCUGCUGGGCCAGGUCAAAGCUGGCGCUCAGGCCCUGCAGGUGUUUGAAUCCCAUGCUGGCUGUCUUGGCCCGGUGGAAUUUGAAGCGUUCGCUCUGCCGUACCUCAGGGACAUCGCACGCAGAGUAAAGGACAGGCUCAAGGAGACAGGACUGGAUAACGUCCCCAUGAUUGUGUUUGCGAAGGACGGACAUUACGCUCUGGAAGACCUCUCCCAGACCUGCUAUGAGGUGGUGGGCUUGGAUUGGACCAUUGACCCCCAUGUGGCACGGCAGAGGACUGGAGGCAAAGUCAGUCUGCAAGGGAACAUGGACCCCUGUGCACUGUAUGCUACGAAGGAGCGCAUUUCUGACAUUGUAAAGACAAUGGUGGAGGCGUUCGGCACCAGGGGUUACAUCGCCAACCUCGGCCACGGUUUGUACCCUGACAUGGAUCCUGAGAGUGUGGGUGCGUUUGUGGAGGCCGUGCACACACACUCCCGCCGACUGAUCAACCACAAAUAAGAUGCUCCACUCCAUCUGAGCAGAGACAGAAAUAGACAUCAGAACUACACACACGCACAGCUAUUCUGGACCUGGGUUUUUUUUUUUUUUGAAGUUAUUGAUUUGAUCAGGAGUGAUGUGUGAUGACUGACUGUCAAGGUUCGGAUUUUAGUGUGUUGUAGAAUUUUAGUGACCAAUAUGUGAUUUACAAUCAAGUCUGAACCAAAAAAAAAGGUAAAAAUGAAGUUUUUAUUCAUGUAGGGUGAUUAAUUAAUUAAGAUGCUUUUCUGUUCAACCAAAUAAAGAGAGAACUUCAUAGAAAUGUACUUAUUUAUUUGAUGGAUCAGAAGCAAACCCAAGCACAAAGGCUUAAAGAAACAGUGCUGUGGAAAAUACACUUACACUACCAUAACUCACACAGCAUCCCCGGUUACCACAAACGUCAUUGAUCAGUCGAGCCGGUUCACAGUGUGUUUGGAUUAAAGCCUGUGGUUCGGGACACAGUGGGUUUCUUUAAAUCUACUCCAUAAACAUGAACAAAAUCUUUUGUGCUGUUUGUUAGUAGUCUGCCCCCUGAGGCCCCGCCCUCUCAAUGUGGAAUAAAAAGAAAAAGUGAUGUUGAUGUGCAUGAUGAUAAUGUUCUGCUUUGAGCUUAAAUGUAUAUAUAUAAAAUAUUAUAUAAUUAUUUUGGAUCUCAAACACUUGACCACUGGACAACAAAAAUUGUGUCUUUUAUUUACCUAAGAUAGAUGGGUUUUUAUCCAGCACUUGUUUUUAAAUUUGCUUUUUAAAAAAAUAACGUGGGAUUAUUUACUAACACAUUUUACACUCAUCGGGAGUUUUGCUUUUAGGUUCUCUCUCAUAUAUAUAUAUAUAUAUUUAUUAUGCGUGCGCACACUAUUUGGACAAGACUGUUAUUGGGAAAUUUGCCACUCAUUUUUCAUUUGAGUUCCAUCCGGGACAUGGAGAACCAAAAACGUGACACAAAUCUCUAUCUGUCACUUGUGAGGAACUCGAUGAGAGUUGUUUUGAUAAAUUUGGGGACUUUUUGUUCAUGAAUGUGUCAAUAUAAUAAAAAGAAAAAUCACA